UAUAGUAUAUGUUAGAAAACCCUAAACUCCCCGCGUGGAAUUUGAAAUUGAAGUUUAGAACUUCAACUCCCUCAAUACUCAUUGUGGUUUUUUAUUUUUUGUUUAAGAAAUAGAGUGAGAGUUGUAGAAUUCUGAAAAUGGUGGAAUUGGACGAAAGCAAGUUUGAUAUGCACCUGAAAUUAUGGGCACUUCGAAUUCCACGACAACAUUGCAAGUCUGCCAUGAGAAUACUCAACGGGCAUUUAUUUGACAGGCCACGCAUAAAGCCUAUCCCUGAGGAUCCAACAAAUGAAAACACCCGUUACAUGAUUUGCUCAGAAAAAGUAAAAACCCCAGAUUUGUCUGAUAUUACUACUCAAAAGCUUGCUGAACUGAAAGGCCUGUGUCAGUUUGAAGUUGCUCCCUAUUCACUGACACUUGGCUAUUCUUAUUGGAGUGCAGACCAUAUAUUAAAGCAGAUUCUGCCCCCUGGCCUUGACGUACCAUCAUCAUUUGAGACAAUAGGUCACAUUGCUCAUUUGAGUAUAACUGGUGAGCUUCUUCCUUACAAGGAUGUGAUUGCCAAAGUUAUUUAUGAUAAAAACUACCCCGGGAUCCAGACAGUCGUAAAUAAAACCAAUGAGUUUCGUGUGCCAAAAUUUGAGAUACUGGCUGGGAAAGAUGAUAUGGUCAGAGAAGUGAAGCAAUUCGGAGCAACAUGCAAGCUUGAUUGUAGCUUGGUGUAUUGGAAUUCUAGAUUGGAACAUGAGCAUUUAAGGCUGGUCUCAAAGUUCCAGUCAGGGGAGACCGUAUGUGAUAUGUUUGCUGGCAUUGGUCCUUUUGCUAUUCUCGCAGCACAAAAUGGAUGUGCGGUGUAUGCAAAUGAUUUGAACCCAGAUAGCAUUCGUUAUCUCAAAAUUAAUGCUGAAAUCAGCAAGGUUGAUCAUCUAAUUUUCCCAUACUAUAUGGAUGCAAGGAAAUUUAUUUCUCAACUCAUUACUGUACCCUGCAAUGGAAUCAAUGCAGAAGUUGAGAUUGAUUGCUCCGAGAAAUUCAGUGGCCAAGCACAUAGGAAGAAACUAUCUGAAGACUGUAUGUGAACUAUUCAGUUCUAUACUGUAUCUUACCCACAAAGCAUUUCAUCCAUUAAUCUGAACCACCUUUGCAGAUGAGGUCAAAGAAGUACCUGACAGAACAUCGUUGAUGUGGCGUCAUUUUACGCCACAAUCGAUGCUUUUCGGCUAUAAGUUUUACUUGUUUUUAAGCAAGUCUAUGUAAUUUUAUGUGGUUUUUAGUGUUUUUCAGGUAACGGAACAGAUUCGGAAUGAAAACAGUUGAAAGUGCAGAAGUGGUCGUAAACUGUCGUAAACUCAGUUUACGAACCGUAUUCUUAAACACGGGCCGUAUUCCAUGGGCGUAUUAAAGAAUAAGAAGAACCAGAAAGGCAGGCUGAGGAAAUGGUGAUUUACAAACAACUUUUACGGACCGUAUUCCACUUUACGGUUCGUAUUUCAAAGCGUAUUUAACCAUUUGAGCAUCUGGCAAAAAGUCGAAGUUUUGGAAGUUGAAAGACGACUGGGCAGUUUACGGACCGUAAACCAAUUUACGGUCCGUAUCUUAAGGGAUUGAAGUUGCUCAAAAUUGGAAGGAAGACCUGGUCGUAAACUGGUUUACGGUUCGUAAUUCACUUUAUGUACCGUAUUUCAUAUCGACGGGGACCAAAGUGCAAAUCUGCAAC